AACCCACGCCUGUCCGGACUGCCCAAAGAUGUUUGGGUCCCCAGCGCUCCUAAAAGUGCACAGUAAAUCUCACGAGCGGCUGCAGAAAGGCGCUUCGUUCCACUGCAGUUUUUGCGGGAAGGCUUUCUUCGACAAAUUCAAUUUGCAGAUUCACGAAAGGACUCACACCAACGAGCGACCUUUUAUAUGCGAGAUUUGCAACGCAUCGUUCGGUUGCAACUCGAAUCUCAGUCGGCAUAUGAAAGUGUCGCACAGUUCUACUAAGCCCUACGAGUGUUCCACUUGCCACCGCUCCUUCACAUCCGAAGGCAUCCGCGACCGCCACGAGUUACGGAUGCACGGGGACCCGGAGGACUUCAAGUACGCGUGCAAGCAGUGCCCUAGCAGAUACAUGAAGCUCAACGAACUUAAGAAACACACAUACAAAUGUCACCCAAAGUCGAGAAGUAAGAAAAUGGCCGAGGACGACGAUGAAGAAGACGAAGCUAAGUGAUUCUGUGCUGAUAGGUUUGUUUUACAACUUAAUAAAGGCUCCCCAACCCGUGGGGAGUGUAGGCCAAGCACAUGGUGGACAGACGACCUCGUAAAGGUAGUAGGUAGAUGCAGG